CCAGUCAGUUGUCAGGAAACUGCGCGAGCGUUCGGAUCGUAAUUGGCCGCGGCCCUGAGCUGAUCGUUUUGAGCGGUUCACUAUUUCACACUUUGUUCAAUUUUCGAUUGCCUCGGUGGAUCUUCUGGAGUUGCAGAGAUUUGCACAUUUAGUGGAACAAUUAUAUAGCUCACAAAUAUGAAAAAGCAGUAGCGAUCAGAAAAGUGGAAUUGUGCUUUCGGUGAAACGGUCAGUUGCACAAAAAUUAUUACCGAAUCGGGUUUGCUCUGUGUGUUUGCCUGUGUUCCGUAACUACAACCGACCCGUUGUUGACUCCGGCGCGCGCCGCACAAGUGAAAGUGAUACGUGGAAGUUGUAUUCGACGAGACUCGCCUUUAACCAGUUUUGUGUGUUUUGGAUAUAUUUCUUGUCCGUCGAAGAGUUGUUGAAGUUGAAGGUGCGGUAACCGUCUUCCAAGUCGACGUUAGCCUACUUGCUAGUUUUCGUUAUCCAACGAGUUUGGCGGCAUUACCCAACGCACUAUAAUUUCGAUAUAGUCGUUACUCUGUAAGAUACUGCUACUAGCCAGCUAGAGUCAAACAUCAAAAGAAAGAACUUUGCACCUAACCGCUAAUCAGGAGCAGCAGCACCAGCCAGAAUGUCUGCGAAAGCGAUACGCGAGGCAACCGGAAAAGAUAUCAUCAAUCGACACCUGACGGGGGAUCACGGUACGGCCAAGUGCCGAUUCGCUUCCGUCGACGAAACCACACAAUGGUCGCAGCUGGUGGCGGACAAUCCGUGGCUGGAGAGCAGCCCACUUGUCGUGAAGCCGGAUCAGUUGAUCAAACGGCGCGGUAAACUAGGACUGAUUGCCGUCAACAAGAAGUUCCCCCAAGUUAAACAAUGGGUCGACGAGCGCAUGAACAAGGACCAAAAAAUAGGCAACGCCACUGGCAAACUACGGAAUUUCAUCAUUGAGCCGUUCGUUCCACACAAAGAUAAUGAAGAAGCGUACGUGUGCAUCUACUCUCACCGAACCGCGGACACCAUUCUCUUCUAUCACCAAGGAGGGGUAGACAUUGGUGAUGUAGAUUCAAAAGCGUUGAAACUCGAUGUACCUGUAGGGCAGGAUGUUUCCCUCACAGACAUUGAAAAAGUGCUGCUGUCCGAAGUGGCUGCCGCUAAAAAGAAGCGAAUCGCAAGUUUCAUCUACAAUCUGUACAAACUUUAUGUAGAUCUGUACUUUACGUAUCUGGAAAUCAACCCGCUGGUUGUCACCGACAGCUCCAUCUACAUCCUUGAUUUAGCAGCCAAGAUUGACGCCACGGCUGAUUUCAUCUGCCGUCCAAAGUGGGGUGAAAUAGAUUACCCGCCACCGUUCGGACGUGACGCCUAUCCGGAGGAGGCCUACAUCGCCGAUCUGGAUGCAAAGAGUGGCGCCUCGCUGAAGCUGACCAUUCUGAACCGAAAUGGCCGAAUAUGGACCAUGGUUGCUGGUGGUGGCGCUAGUGUAAUUUAUUCCGAUACUAUCUGUGAUCUUGGUGGCGCUACCGAGCUGGCCAACUAUGGCGAAUACAGCGGAGCUCCAUCGGAACAGCAAACGUACGAGUACGCUAAGACCAUUCUGAGCUUGAUGACGAGCAGCCCGAAACAUCCGAAAGGGAAAAUCCUAAUCACCGGUGGAGGUAUUGCCAAUUUCACAAACGUGGCUGCUACGUUCAGCGGUAUUAUCACGGCGCUGCGGGAAUUCCAGCAGAGACUGAUCGAGCAUAAUGUGUCCAUCUUUGUGCGUCGUGCUGGUCCCAACUAUCAGGAAGGAUUGCGCAAGAUGCGCGAGAUCGGCAGUAGUUUGGGAAUUCCGCUGUAUGUUUUUGGCCCGGAAACCCACAUGACCGCCAUUUGUGGUAUGGCUCUCGGCAAGAAGCAAAUUCCGAAGAGCUGCAAUAUUCACUUUGCCACUGCCAAUUUUCUGCUUCCCGGAGGACAGCAAGCAGCUGACGCAGCAAAGAAGGGUUCCGCUUCCAACGAGUUGGCUAAUGUUCCAGGGACAGAAACGCGCUCGGGUGUUCUAAACAUUCUUUCGAAAUUAUUCUACAGUAGCUCUGGCAGUGAUGCAGGUGGAACCGCAGUCAAGUAUGCGCAUGCGAAGCUGGGUUCCGGCGAGUACCAGCGUAUGUUCAGCAACCGCACCAAAGCGCUGGUUUGGGGCAUGCAGACUCGCGCCGUGCAAUCGAUGUUGGAUUUUGAUUUUAUCUGUCGUCGCGACGAGCCUUCUGUAGUGGCAAUGGUGUAUCCUUUCACCGGUUACCACAAGCAAAAGUUCUACUGGGGCCACAAGGAAGUGCUGAUUCCGGUGUACUCCAAGAUGUCCGAAGCCAUCAACAAACACAAGGAAGCUGAUGUGUUGGUUAAUUUUGCCUCACUCCGAUCAGCCUACGAUAGUUCGGUGGAAGUUCUUGAUUAUCCUCAGAUUCGUACUAUUGCCAUCAUUGCCGAAGGUAUUCCAGAGAAUUUGACACGUAAGCUGAAUAUGGCGGCCCGUGCCAAGAAUGUUUCGAUCAUUGGUCCUGCUACGGUUGGUGGCGUUAAGCCAGGCUGCUUCAAAAUUGGUAACACCGGCGGUAUGUUGGACAACAUUCUGCACUCGAAACUGUACCGACCAGGAAGCGUUGCUUACGUUUCUCGCUCGGGAGGCAUGUCGAACGAGUUGAAUAAUAUCAUCGCUCUCACCACUGAUGGUGUGUUCGAAGGUGUCGCAAUCGGUGGAGAUCGUUACCCGGGGACUACAUUCAUGGAUCACAUAUUACGAUACCAGGCCGAUCCGGAUGCAAAAAUGAUUGUGUUGUUGGGUGAAGUCGGUGGCGUAGAGGAGUAUGAGGUUUGUGAAGCGUUGCAGGAUGGACGAAUCACUAAACCACUGAUCGCUUGGUGCAUCGGAACUUGUGCGGGAAUGUUCACCUCGGAGGUACAGUUCGGUCAUGCCGGAUCUUGUGCUAACUCGGAUCGUGAAACUGCAUCCGCUAAGAAUAAGGCUUUGGCUGCAGCAGGAGCUCAUGUGCCGGAUUCGUUUGAUACGCUGGGUGAUCUAGUCGGGUCAGUGUACUCGAACUUGGUCAAAAGUGGUGUUAUUGUUCCGGCUGAAGAAGUUCCACCGCCGACCGUUCCCAUGGAUUACUCGUGGGCGCGCGAGUUGGGACUGAUCCGUAAACCAGCUUCCUUCAUGACUUCGAUCUGCGACGAGAGAGGCCAAGAACUGUUGUACGCCGGUAUGCCGAUCAGCGAUGUCCUCCAGAAGAACGUAGGCAUUGGUGGGGUUGUUUCGCUGCUCUGGUUCCAGCGGUGCUUGCCACCGUAUGUGUGCAAGUUCUUCGAGAUGUGUCUGAUGGUAACGGCCGAUCACGGGCCAGCGGUAUCCGGUGCGCACAAUACGAUUGUGUGCGCUCGUGCUGGUAAAGAUUUGGUAUCGUCGGUGGUUAGCGGCCUGCUCACGAUUGGAGAUCGAUUCGGUGGAGCCUUGGACGGUGCUGCGAAGCAGUUCUCGGAAGCGUAUGACUCAAGCCUGCACCCGAUGGAAUUCGUCAACAGCAUGCGGAAGAAGGGUCAACUGAUCAUGGGUAUCGGUCAUCGUGUGAAAUCAAUCAACAAUCCGGACAUUCGAGUGAAAAUCAUCAAGGAGUUUGUAAUGGAAAAUUUCCCGGCAAAACCGCUGCUCGAAUACGCUCUUGAGGUUGAAAAAAUCACCACCAGUAAGAAGCCUAACCUGAUCCUGAACGUUGAUGGUGUGAUCGCUACCUCCUUUGUGGACAUGCUGCGGAACUGUGGAUCAUUUACGAGUGAGGAAGCCCAAGAGUACAUCAAUAUUGGUGCGAUCAAUUCCCUGUUCGUGCUAGGACGCAGCGUCGGUUUCAUCGGUCACUACAUGGACCAGAAACGUCUGAAACAGGGACUGUACCGUCACCCUUGGGACGAUAUCUCCUACGUCCUGCCGGAACAGUACAACUAAGAACCCCCGGCACACCAGGGGUAAAUCCAACACCAGCAACAUAAUGAAAUUCUGAACCUGACGAAGCACAACACGGGAGAUGCCCUGUAUUUAGUUUUCUUUUCUUUCCGUUCAACAAUUCAGUCGCUUGGCGAGGGCUGAAAUUUUAACACAAUUGGACAACAGCCCGCAGCUUCGGGUACCUGUGCAGCAGAAUCUCUUUCAAAGUGUAGGUUUAGACGCGAUGGAUAAUUGCUGGGUACAGAUCCGACUCAUUCCAUUGGUUAGCUUCGGUUUGUGAAUCCCAAUCUGAUCCCAUUUAAAAAAAAAACCCUGACAUUUCCCAUACUUUCACAACACGCUAAGGCUCAUAAUUGUUAAUGCAUUUAAAUUCUGACAAAACCGGAAGUUUUCCCUAAAAAUCAACCAUCCAUCACAUUUUCCUUUAGAAUUAUGGCGACAAUGUAGGAACAUGAAAUCGCCAUACAAAACAAGCCAGUGUAAGAGAGAUGACAUUAUUUGGAAAGCAGAGAUAAUGCAAAAAAAGAACUAUUUAAAUUCAAAUCAAAUUUAAGUUAAUUGCUACCUGUAAGAUCAGAUAUUUAUGUUUUCAAUUUUUCGAUCGUAUAACACUGUAAUGAAUGGACGAUUGUGGCUAUAUAAAUGUCAACACCAAUGUCUUAUUGGUUUAUUGGACUUCCUAACAAUGACGAUUAAAUUACUUCCUAGUUUGAAUCACGCAUGAGAUAAUUAAUUGCAAACGAAACUUUCACUAUUUUUUCAUGUCUCGUAAUUUCUUCCAUCUCCGUUCAGUUCACAUUCAUUUCUCAUUUACCUAGACAAAACAAAAACAACCAUUUUGCUAAUUUUCAUUAGACGAAUUAGGUUUUACUAAACACCUUAGACUCGAUUAUGUUGUCAUCAAUUUGUUUUGUAAGUGGAUCAUUAGUUUUACAGUUUUAUUGUAAUAAACCGAUGAACAUUUCUUUCACAUUUUCCUCUGUUUCAUUUUAAGUUGUCCUAUUCGAAACAUUCCUUUGUUUUACGUUUCCAAACAAUCACUGCGGUACGUUAGAUUGGAUGUUAUCGUUGAAGUAUGUUUCUUGCACCACUAGUAAGUGAAAAUUAUUGCAAGGCAGCGAGGUUAGUAAACCACGGUCUGUCCAUAUUCGCACCAAAUUUGUUGAACCAAGCUAUGGAUGCUAUAGAAACUGUUGAACUGCACAAAAUGAUAUAAAUGAAAACAACAUGCACCACUCAAAAAUAUAGAGGAUAUUUGAAUCUGCACCAUAUACAGGACCGCUGUAUUGAAAUUAUCGGGACAGUCAAGUACCUAGCUCAGAAAGGAAGCGGUCCAGAGUGAAUAACAUGCACAAGUCUUCAAUGUGUAGUGAAAAACGCAAUGGUAUCGCAGUGAACAAGCUUAAAAUAAAUACUAUCCUAGUUGGAUGAUCUA